CCCGAGCAGCACUCUCCGUCCCCACCGAGCGCUGCUCGCUCCUGGCCUGGGGCUGGGUGAGAGGGGAGGCCCAAGGCCAUGGAGGUGGCCACGGAUCAGCCUCGCUGGAUGGCCCACCACGCCGUGCUCAACGGGCAGCACCCCGAUAGCCACCACCCCGGGCUGGCUCACAACUACAUGGAACCAGCGCAGCUCCUACCUCCGGAUGAAGUCGACGUCUUCUUCAACCACCUGGACUCCCAGGGCAACCCUUACUACGCCAAUUCCGCCCAUGCCCGGGCCAGGGUCUCCUACAGCCAGGCACACGCCCGCCUGACCGGGAGUCAAAUGUGCCGGCCUCAUCUUAUCCACAGCCCCGGGAUCCCUUGGCUGGACAGCAGCAAGGCGGCACUGUCUGCCCAUCACCACAACCCCUGGACCGUCAGCCCUUUCACCAAGACACCCCUUCACCCCUCGGCGGCCGGAGCGCCUGGGGCCAUCUCGGUGUACCCGGGCAGCAGCACCUCCAGCACCGCCUCCGUGUCUUCGCUCACUCCGGCCUCGCACUCCGGCUCUCACCUCUUCGGCUUCCCCCCGACCCCUCCCAAGGAAGUGUCCCCAGACCCCAACUCCACCAGCGCCGCCUCCCCUUCUUCCUCCGCCGGGGCUCGGCAGGAGGACAAAGACAGCAUCAAGUACCAAGUGUCGCUGUCGGAGGGCAUGAAGAUGGAGAGCGCCAGCCCACUCAGAAGCAGCCUCACCAGCAUGGGGGCCCAGCCCUCUACCCACCACCCCAUCCCCACCUACCCCUCCUACGUGCCGGCGGCCCACGACUACAGCAGCAGCCUCUUCCACCCGGGCAGCUUUCUGGGGGGCCCCGCGUCCAGCUUCACCCCCAAGCCGCGGAGCAAGGCCAGGUCCUGUUCGGAAAGAAACCUGUUUUCUUUGUGUUUCCAUUUAGAAGGCAGGGAGUGUGUGAACUGUGGAGCCACUGCUACCCCUCUCUGGAGAAGAGAUGGCACCGGGCAUUACCUGUGUAACGCCUGCGGGCUCUACCACAAAAUGAACGGUCAAAACCGACCUCUCAUUAAACCUAAGCGAAGGCUGUCAGCGGCCAGGAGAGCAGGGACUUGUUGUGCCAACUGUCAGACAACCACCACGACCUUAUGGCGACGUAAUGCAAACGGGGACCCAGUUUGUAAUGCCUGCGGACUCUACUAUAAAUUGCACAAUGUGAACAGGCCUCUGACCAUGAAAAAGGAAGGAAUUCAGACCAGGAAUAGGAAAAUGUCCAACAAAUCAAAGAAAAGCAAGAAAGGCUCCGAGUGUUUUGAGGAACUGUCCAAGUGCAUGCAGGAGAAGUCGUCUCCCUUCAGCGCUGCUGCCCUUGCCAGUCACAUGGCACCCAUGGGGCAUUUGCCCCCUUUCAGCCACUCUGGACACAUCCUACCAACACCUACCCCCAUCCACCCCUCUUCCAGCAUCUCAUUUGGACACCCACACCCAUCCAGCAUGGUUACAGCCAUGGGAUAAAACCUGAUGACCAA